CGCACACGCUGGUUGUACGGUCGUUGUUAUCACACAGCAGUGGAUAGCGGCAAUGCUUGUUUUAACCCUAUGGUUUUAACGCACCAAAAUGACCAGUUACAUCUUAAAUGCACUGAGCAUCCUAACUAAGCCCGUAGGAGAAGUUUCUGUUAGUCAGGCUCAUGACUCCCAGCAGAAAGCCUUGCUGGAAGCUCUGCAGGCUAAUCAGGUCCUACUUGAGGAGCACCUGCAGGCUCAGGAAGGAGAAGCAGUGGUGUUUGAGGUUCUAGCAGAAGUACGGAGACAGGCCGAAUGGGCCAACGAGCAGGUGGAGGACAUCACCUGGAGCUUUGCCCGGGAGUGUCUGCUUCUGCUGCUGGCCUUGGCCCGCCACCUUUCCCGCCUACGGGAAUCCUUCGACCGGGAGAGCUCGUCUUCACUUCCAGUUGGUGUCUCCCGCCGUCACACCCUCGAUGCCGCCCCUCCCCUGCCCCCAGAUGUGCUGAGCGUGGCACAGCAGAGGAUGGUGAGCGCCGGGCUGCAGUUUGCCGUCACCCUGGGCCUGUGCCCGUACCUGGGGGCAGGUGUGGGGUUGCCCCUGGGUCGAAGGUCAGCGCUGGGGGCUGCGGUGGAGGGCGCAGUGAGGAGAGACGUGCCCCCCUUGCCCGAGCGCCGGCUCCUGGUCACAGCAUCCGCCCUGCUGGAGAUCAGCGCGGUCUCGUCCCUGGCCACCGAACUCUUCACCCGCCACCUAGGGGACGUCAUGGCUGCCUUGUGCCAGCUGGGGUACCGCCCGCCACGGCCUGAGGGCAGUGCUGGGGUGACUGCACAGACUCAGGGCCUUAACGCUGAAGAACGCAGGAAGUGCAGGGAGGCUCUCCAAAGCCUAUUGGGUAAAGUGUACCAACCAAUCGUCAUCAAGGAACUCUUGGUCCUCCAAGGUGGCCCUAAACAGGGUCGCAUGGGCCCCGGGGCCAGUGGUGGUGGCGGUGCCGUUAGUGGGAGCAGGGCCCCUCUGGCUCAGGCCCCUGCCUGGCUCAGGCGUCUGUGUGGGCAGCUGCUCUCCGAGAGGCUGAUGCAGCCCGGCGGGGUCCAGUACGUGGUCCGCGCCAUUCUGGAGGGCUCUGCUGGGGGAGACUCAGACUGGAGGAAGUGUGAUGCUGUGGCACGUAUUUUGGCAACGUGUCCUCAACAAUCCCUCUCACCUGAGGCUUACUACAGUCAGGUCUGCCCACAGGUGCUAGAGCUCCUUCACUUCAAAGACAAGCUGACAGCGCAGCAGUUCCAGCGAGUUGCCACCAGGGCGGUGAUCACCAUGGUGGAGGAGCGUUUAGAAUUUGCUCAGCGCUUCCUAUUAGAACCUCUCCUCAAACCUCUCCAAUGUUGUGGGAGAGCACCAGUGGAGGGUGACGGGAAGAGCUCUGUAGAGGACUGGGAACUCACACGCUGUGUGGAUGACGUGUUCAAGAUAUUUGUGGUGGGGAACAGGCCAAGCGAGCCGCUGCUGAGGAGUCUGGGAGCUGUAGUUCCAGUCAUCUUUGCUCUGUACAGCUUCACGAAACAGAACGCCUCUCAUCUCCGCGCCCCCUGUCAGGAGAUCCUGCGGUGGUACCUGUGCCAGGCAGAGAGUGGGCAGGCGUUGGCUCUCCUUAGGAGACUCUGUGGGCUGGAGGGUGAGACGGGAGGUGGGGUGGCACCAGGGUGGCAGUUCUCGCCAGGCAGUGAAGGAGGAGCUGUGCUCACACCCAAAGAGCCAAUCAGUGAUGAGGAUGAGGAGCUGUAUGAGAGGGUGAGUGGGGAGCAGUGGCGUGUGGAGUGUGUGGCUCAGCUGCUGGGGGAGAUGAAGGACAGCGACCUGCCAGCAAACUUCUUCCUGCAGCUGCUACAGGAGCUGACCAGCUGGACUGCAGAACAGGAAGAGGAGGAGUUGGAACAGGAAGUGGACACGUCCACCAUGACACUGCUGGAGCUGGAGCAGCACCUUAUUGGUCAGGUGACAGGGCGUGGUCAGAAGUUGGCAUUGCUGCAAGUGCUGGCAGUGAUGUGUGAAGGCCUGCCUCAUACCGUGCUGCUGCGCAAGCCUGCUCAGGCUAUGGAGUUCAUCAUGGCCAUGCUGCAGUGUGCGUGUGUGUGUCUGGAGCAGGGAGGGGAGGGGCCAGUGGAGACCCAGACCCUGCGUAUGGGAAUGGGCCUGGUGGCCGCCCUCAUGUCUGCAGACGCUAAGCUGAGUGGAGAGGACUACUCUGCCAUGUCCAAACUGUUGCCUCCUCUGGAGCAGAUCUCUGAACUGCAUCCAGACGCCCUGGUGAAGGAGCUGGCCACCGACCUGAGGGCAGCCAUCGCCACCCACGGAGCCUACCGGCCAGACACCAUCGCCCACGCCGCCCAGCGUCACGCCACGCACACUGGCACGGGCACGGGCACGGGCACGGUGCCAAGCAGAGCCACUCCGACCGCACAGCGCGUUCAACACAGAACAGCAGCAUCAACAACAACAGCAGCAACAACAAAAUCAGCCUCCACAGCACGCGCUCAGAGCAAGCCUGCCAAAAGAACAGCGCCGCUCAUCACUGAGAUCAGCUCCGUCUCCACGACAACCGACGACAACAGAACUCGCGCGGUUCCUGGUACUCCGGCCCCCUCCGCUGAGCCCACCGCCACUCCCAAAGGGCAGCCCGGAGCGCCAGGAGGUCCUUCAGCAGGGAGCAUCCCUGUGUCCGUCUCCAGGGCUGGGUCUGCUGGACCCCGGGGUGGCCCCUCAGGGAGUGGGCAGAGACUGGAGCAGGGUGGGGGGUUGGCACGGGGGCGUAUGCCCCUCUCCGAGUGCCUGCUGGAGGCCUGUGACCCGGAGGUGCCCACGCGAGCGGCAGCGCUGCGCACACUCACCCGCGCUCUACAGGAGCGGCAGCAGGAGGCGCUAGAGGCCCAGGAGAAACUGCUGGCGCUAUUCCUGGAGAAUCUGGAGCACGAAGACUCCUUUGUGUACCUUUCGGCCAUUCAAGGUCUGGCGGUGUUGGCGGAGGCGUACCCAGAGAGGAUCCUGCAAAGGCUGCUGGGAGAGUAUCAGACCGGGCCCGCGUCCUCCUCCUCACAACCCGAGCACUCGCUGGAGACGCGCCUCAAGAUGGGAGAGGUGUUGAUGAGAGCCAGUCGGGCCAUGGGUGAGCUGGCCCCGCACUACGGACGCCCGCUGAUUGGCGCCUUCCUCGGUGGCACGCGUGACCCUGACCCCACGGCGCGCGCCAGCUGCCUGUCCAACAUGGGCGAGCUGUGCCAACUGCUCCGCUUCAGCCUGGGCCCGCUGGCACAGGAGUUGAGUGUGUGUCUGACGGCUCUGAUAAAGAUGGAGAAGGAGGCUGAGGUGCGGCGGGCUGCAGUUCAUGUCAUCACUCUACUGCUCAGGGGGCUCAGCCACACAGCCACAGAGGUUCUGUCCGACGUUCUGCUGGACCUGUACCGGGCCCUGAAGUGGGUCGUGCGUUCGGACCGAGACGAGGUGGCCGUGCUGCACGCGCAGCUAGCCCUGGAGGAGCUGGACGACGUCAUGCGCAAGUUCAUCUUCCCCGAACAGAAGCUGGAGAAGAAGAUCGUGGUCCUGCCAUGACGAGAAACACAGAGGAGGUUCAGUAGGGCUGAUGUUGUUGCUGCCAUGUAAGAAGCCAUUGCAGCAGCCACCUCCAAGGUUUCAGAUGGCCUCAUAGAGACUCAACAAGUUAUGGAUGCCAUAAUGAUACAAACGGACUCAAACGGAGUGCUGAGCAGUGGCUUACUAAAGGACUCUAAAACUGAUUGAUCAACUAAAUGCAUACUCUGUCAACAGCUGAAAUAUAUAUAGUGUGUUUUAGCUUUUUUUGCACGCUGUGCAACCAACAGAUGUGUGUGUCUAUAUAAAACAGAUCCAUGUGGAAGACUGUGGCACACACUGAAGCUAGUAACCUGCCCAGCGUUAUGGAAGAGCAGCUCUUGGCAUUUAUGGAGACCAACACUGCCUGUGUGUGCCCAUGCAAAGGUCAUAGGUCAAGCAGAACAAAGAUGACCGCCGUCAGUCUGGUAGAUUGGUCUCCUUUUAGGCAGGGCCGAGUAUACGACGCUUUGCUUGUUUGCCAACGUAUUCUCUGUGUGCAAGACCGGGGUCAUGACAUUAGGAGCCCACAGAGGGACAGUUUAGCACAGCUUUAGUGAUACUGGACCUUUCCAUCCAGCCUCUCACCAGCCGCUGUCUCUUUGAUCACCUGUUUGCUCUCCUCGGUCAGGCAUCUGGCCAACAACAGUGAUGGGAAAACACCACAGGGGUGACAGCCAGUUUCAUCACACGUUUUAAGGUCAAAGAUAUAUUUUUGUAAGCAGUGAUAAUGGAAAUUGGCAUAAUUGAGAGAUUAUUGAAAAACUUGGUUUCUCAUGGGUAGAAAAUGUUAUAUAUAUAUUCAUUAUAUAGACAUACAUUAUAAACAUGAAGUGGAAAUUCAGUGUUCUAAAGAGGAAACACCACAUUAUUAGUUGUAGUAUUAUAUUCUAGUAACUACAUCCAAUGUGUUGGGCAAACUUUUCCUGCAUUCUUUUAAAUCCUUAGCUAACAUAACUGAGGGCUACAGAUGGUGUGGGAAUAGACAUUUGUGAAACUCAGUGAGCGUCUUGUCAUCUGUUCUCCACUCAGUUUUCUGGUCAUCUGUGAGAUCUGGCAGGAGUAGGAAUAGCCCUGCUGGGAUAAUAAAAACGA